CAGCCCCCGCCUCUUUUCUCAGGAAGCUUGGGUCUCCCUGGGAGCGGGUCAGCCCUUGGGGGAGGCCUCUCGGCUCGGUGCCCUGCAGCUCGGCUGACAUUCGGGGUGAACAGAAGAGGGGCUCGGCGCCCCCCGCGCGCACAUGUGCUAACCCAGGCAGGAGGGAGCGCCUUGGCGGAGGAGGCAAGGAAGAGGGGAGCGAGAGGCGCGCCAGAUCCUCGGUCCCGGGCGCCCUGGUCGGCCGCGGAGGAGCUGCAGCCUCCAACAGGAAGUUGGGCAUCUCUGACAUGCUCUCUGCUCUGCUCACUGACUGAAGGUUCUUGCAUCCCAGCUUAGCCAGGAAGCAAAGGUUGAAACAUCUCCCCAGGCCAGGCCAGGCAAGGGCUCUGCAUGCGAAUUCAGCCCUUGGCUAGGGCACAUUAACCAGAGCCGGCAGCAUGGACUUCGUCAUGAAACAGGCCCUCGGAGGGGCCACCAAGGACAUGGGGAAGAUGCUGGGGGGAGAGGAGGAAAAGGACCCAGAUGCACAGAAGAAGGAGGAGGAGCGGCAGGAGGCGCUGAGGCAGCAGGAGGAAGAGCGCAAGGCCAAACAUGCGCGCAUGGAGGCUGAGCGUGAGAAGGUCCGGCAGCAGAUCCGCGACAAGUAUGGGCUGAAGAAGAAGGAGGAGAAAGAGGCAGAGGAGAAGGCAGCCCUUGAACAGCCCUGUGAGGGGAGCCUGACCCGGCCCAAGAAGGCUAUCCCUGCAGGCUGCGGGGAUGAGGACGAGGAGGAAGAAGAGAGCAUCCUGGACACGGUGCUCAAAUACCUGCCUGGACCACUGCAAGACAUGUUCAAGAAGUAACCAGCCCUCCUGCCCCAUUCCCUCUCCACUUGUUACUUUUUUAUUUUAUUUUAAUUUAUUUUGUUCUUUCUUUUCUUUUUAUUCAGUUAAGUCUCAGUUCUGAAGGGGAAAACCUCAGUUGGCCUCUGCCCCCCUUCCCUGGCCAGGGGCUCCUCCCCCUCAGCCCUCCCUUACACUCACCUUCAUCCCAGGGUAGCCAUUCCCAUUCCACUCCCAAACAGCUUGGAAAAAAAAAAAAAAGGAUUGACAGCUUUUCUCCAGCAGGGGGCGUUGAACCCAGGGCCAAAGGCACUGGGUGGCCCCCUCUGGAAGCCUAAGUUCUAUGUUAGUGUGGUAACCCCCAUACAUUCCUUCGUGCUCCCCACUGCCAGGAGGACCACUGUCCCCAGCCAGCCAAAGUAAUGACACAUUCCAGCCCUGCCCAGCAUGCUGAUCUUUGGCUUCUGAUACCUCAGUGGGCCACAUGGUCAGGGCAGGGGCACUGAGUGGCCUGGCUCUGAGGAAGGGAAUCAGGGUAAGCCUGUUCCAUAAGGUCCUAGCCUGAGAGGGCUUGGGUCUGGCCAGGCUAGGGUCUGGGCAGGAGGUUGAGACUCUUCUCCCCUCUUCCUGGUGACACCCAGCCCAGGAGCACACCCUUCCCCAAACCCCUCCCGGAGAGGCAUGGCCCCUGCCAAGUUGGUCCCUCUAAACAGAUCCUCUUUGGACUUCAGCACAUCUGUAGAGGAGCCCCAGGGUAGGGCAACCCCUUUUCCCCUCACCCCACUUAGGUCCUGGGACCCCACUGCCAGGUUGGACCCAGCUUGCCCAGCCAAGGGGCUGCCCAGGCCCACAGAAAACACUUGGAGCCAUUGGGCAGUGAUGGUCUAUGCCAUGGGACACCCCCCCAUUGGUGUGACCAAGCUGCCCCCAUUCCUAUCCAUCCCUCUUUCCCAUUUUGUCCUGUCCAUGUGCUUCCAGGGCCCCAUGGUCCCCAGGAGGACCCUUCCCGGCCAAAGCCCCAAGCCACUGGGGAGAAGCCAAUUCCCACUUGACAGAAGGCAUCUAUCUGUCCAUUCAUCCUAUUGGCCAAGAACAAACUCUUCUCUGGGAUGUAUGGGACUGGCAUUUGUCCCCCAACUACCCCCUCCCAGAUGAUCAAGGCUUCCCAUUCAGUCAGUUGUAUGAGAAUGGGUUGAGAGAGGAGGGGGGAAAGCAAAUGAGGGAGGAAAGUGUGAGUCCAUUGUGAUACUGCGUGGCUGAGACCGUGUAGCAGCGAUUGUGUGUCCGGAGACUUUAUGCAUAUAUGUACAGUUAGAGUGAGGUGAGUCUUGAGGAUGCGUGUGUGUUAGUUAUCAAAUCUCUCUUUUAGAGAUUGUAGGUUAGGCAGCCUUGUGUAUGCGUGCUUGUUUGAGGUGAUGUAUUUGAGUCACGAUUAUGUCCUAUGUCCUAAGUGUGUGAUAACCAUCUCAUGUGUUUAAGCUUGCAUGUGUUAGCUUGAAUAUGCAUGAGUUUUCAAAACGGCAUUGUGUGUCCGGAGUGAUAGAUUCAUGGUUGAUGUAGAAGUGUGUGUUUGAGAGAAGUGUCAGACGUAGUAAGACUGUUGUGCACGUGUGUAGGAGUCUGAAAAGGCAGUUGUGUGCAUGGAUGUGUGCUUGGAGAGAAGGAACGUGGGGAAGACGCCCCCUCCAAACCCUGAGACCCUUGGUCACAGAGGGCUACAUCCAACAGGAGACCUUGUCCUUGGCCUAGAGUCCUCUCACCCUUGGAGGGUUCCUGUCUGAGGUUCCCAGAAUUCCACUGGGACAGACCCAGACAGUGCCCCAGGAAGCCAUGCUAGCCCCUUACCAGGGCCUAUCCCAAAAUCAGGGGCCAGGGAGGGGGCGACUUGCCUGCCCCUGAAGCCCCUGUCCCAUUGGCCCCAGUUUGCAUUCUGCGGGUUUUCCAUUUUAGUGGAUUUAUGCUUUUAUUUCAGAGAGACAGGAGUCUUCUCUGUCCGUUUCCAAUAGUUAAAGCCAUAUCAGUUAGACUGCAAUACUUUAAAGAUGAGACAAAACAAUCCAUAUGUUUAGGGAACCAGAACAAUCCCCUGGUCUGUCCCUUCUCUGGGGAGCAGGGCCUCGGCAGCUCCAGCUCCCUGGACUUUCCAUCCACCCCCGCCCCCUCCCCUUGUGCCCCUCUGUGAGUCCCCCCAGGGGACCAUUGUCUGUCCGUGCCUGUGUCUGUGAUGGGGAGCCACCUCGCACCCCUGUUGUCUGCUUGUCUGUUUGUGUCUUUUACCCAGGCAGGAUGGUCAUUCUCAAGAGGCCUGGGGUCUCAGACCAGAGACAGACAGGGCCCAGUUCAGGGGCCCCAGACCUCCCUAAAUCCUGUGUGAGUCCCACUUGGACAUAGGUGUGGAUACCAGUGUUGAGAGAGGUCUCCCCCUUGACAGAGACCCUCAGACCUUGACGCUAAUGCCAGGGCACAAGGUGAUGCAGAUGAGCAGGGGACCCAGCCAUAUAAGAUACCCUAGGUGCACCUGAGGGACCCCAGGUCCUCAGAUGGUGUCCCUGGUGGUCUCCACAGCCCCUCUGGAUCCCCAGGGUGGGCUCAGGGCUUCUCAGCUCCACCUCGGUGCCCUCCAGGCUGGGCUGGCUUAGUCUGGGUGCACCUCCCAGGCUCCUCCAUUCUGCUCCCAGGCAGCAGGACUUGAGGUCUUUCUGGAGGCGCAGGGGUCAGGGAGAGAGUUUCUGCCUGGCACGCACCUGGCUCUAGCCACUGCCAAGUGACCACUGUCGGGUCCAGGGGAUAGAGUGACUCUCAUUUCUGACAAAGAUUUGACUGUGGGUAGAAGUCAAUGGGUGGCCCAGAAAGGAUGUCUGUCCAACCCACUAGUUGGGGGGGGGGGACAAAAUGUGCAUGGGGUGUUGCAGCAGGGGAAGGGAGGGUCACAUAACAUACCUGCAAUGGGAGAUGUGUGUGACCCACUUGAUAGAAGGAACAUGAGUGUGUCACACAGAAAUGGGGCAGUGUAACACACUGAGUGGGGAAGGCCCCAGAAUUCAGCACACAUACAUGACACCCAGGGAGACUAGGGAAGAGCAAUCAUUGGUAGAUGGUCAAAAUGGACUGAGGUCAAGGGAGCAUGCAUGUGCUUGCAGGGAAGGCGACCCAGGCUCCUGUGGUCUGGGAUUUACCACCAGGGAGAAGGAAAAGGACUUCUCUGGAUCUCCCUAGGCUGAGCUCUAGUGAUGGACCAGAAUUUCCAAAUGUGGAUGUCCCCUACUCUGGGUACAAAAGUGCCCGGAAUGUGUGUCCUUAACUGCAAAGCUUCACGAGGUGCUCCUUCAAAUAGAAGCAGGAAGCCGAGAGGCCACCGAGGUGUAUAAGACAAAGAGAAGCAUUGCAGCCCAGGACCCUUCAUAGGUGGUUCAGCCAGUUGGCAAAGCAGCAGUGGCUAGAGGGACAUGGGGAGACUCUCCAGCCCUAAGAGCCCCCAAACACCCAGCUGUCAGGAGUUCCCAGCCCAACAGCCCACCUGUUCCAUCCACAGGCUCCUGAAUGCACAGGGAGGCUGGGAGUCAGACCGACUCCAAUGGGGGAUGUCUCCCAGGUCUUAAGACCUUCCUCCCACCAAAUGUCCCUGGCUCCAGUCCCCACUCCUGUUGCCCUACCCUCUUCACUGGGGAGAGAAUGGGAGGUGCUCAUUGCUGGCCCUGGGGUGCAGGUGAGGAGUCCUACUGAGACCCAGGUGAGAUGGACCAUCCUGCUCACGCGGGGGAACCCCUUUCCUACAUUUGUGCUGUGUCCUUGUUGCUCUGCUUCUUUUAAAUGUGUCAGUGCCUAGGGGGAGGGGAGGGCCACUCCCUCAUGCCCCCUUGAACCUGACCAAAAGCCAUGGCUGUUGCUCCCCCCUUUGUAUGAUGCAAAUGCUAAGAUGUACAAAACCAACCAUGACAAGAAAGAAAAAGACCUUGUACAGCAA